AUGAAGGCCCUAGCACUCGCACUUCUCUUCCUCCUCGUUGCAGCCAAUGAAGCCAAAGUAUUUAGCAAAUGUGAACUGGCUUCAGCUCUGAAAAGAAAUGGCAUGGAUGGAUAUUAUGGCUACAAAUUGGGUGACUGGAUCUGUAUGGCUUAUCAUGAGAGCAGAUACAACAGCCGAGCUGUGGGGCGACCAAACACGGAUGGCAGUCGUGACUAUGGGAUUUUCCAGAUAAACAGCCGUUGGUGGUGCAACAAUAACCAGGGGCGUACAUCUAACGGCUGUAAUAAGCCUUGCAGUGCUUUCACAAAUGAUGACAUCACAGAUGAUAUUGUUUGUGCUAAGAGGAUUGUCCGUGAUCCCCAAAGGAUGAAUGCCUGGGUUGCCUGGAGGAACCACUGCAAAGGAAGAGAUCUGUCAGAAUGGACUCGUGGCUGCCGGCUCUGAGAUGGAUGAUUCUGCAUUUCUCUUCCGCAUUUCUCUUCCUCCUCCUGUGAUGAAAAUGAUACAACUUCUUAUACCGAAUAAUCAAUCUCUUACAUUCGAUUUGGUAUUUGUACCCCACAAGUUGGGAAAAACAAGUUUCUUCGCAUACAAAUGAUGAUUUUA